AUGCCUUAUAAACAACCUUCCACAAAAUACCAAACUCUCCCACGCAUAGCGGAGGACUCCGACACAGAAGAACUACUCUCUAGCACCGAGGUGGACGUGGAAUCCGUCCCAGGCGACGAAAAGAAAUGGCGCUCAGCAGAUGGCGACACCAAGAAGCAUUCAAGGAUUAGGACCUACGUAGCACGCUUUCGGCACUAUCGCUGGCUCAUCGACACGUUCCUCCUCCUGGUCAACAUUGCGUUGUCCUUGCUGCUGAUGCGCCGUUUUUGGACUGAGAAUGCGAGCGGCGGGAUUCAAGAUGGCGGCGAUUUUACGGGCGCUGGGCCGGAGUGUGUCCAAUACUAUUUCGACGCGGAUCCAGACUUCGUGCCUACGAAUACCUCUGAGUUCUUCUCCGAUGCGCUGCUCGCGAAGUGGAACACUAUGAUGCCGGCGGGGACAGGAUGGGGCCAUGUAACAUCCGAAACCUUCUUCAUCACCUCCAUGACACACCAACUACACUGCGUCUUCAUGAUGGCCCGCAUAUACGCUUCUCUCGUCGGUAACGUGGCGCAAUCGCUUCCGAGCGACUAUCACACUCACUACCUGCACUGUGUCGACUAUCUCCGCCAGGGCAUAAUGUGCUCAGCCGACCUAGCCAUGGAACCGCAUGAGCAAACUGAUGCAGAUGAUAAUGGGCCGGGAGAUGGGAGUUGGAAUGGACAUCAUGUCUGCAAGGAUUACGGCCAUGUUAUACCGUAUUUGGAGGAACAAAUCGCUCAGGGUAUCCGAAAAGUCCUGCCUAUUGACGACUGA